UUAGUAGGCACACUUGGUUUAGUAUUCACAAUUGGCACUGUUAGUCCAGUAGGCACUGGUCUGGUAGGCACACUUGGCACUGUUGGUUCAGUGGGCACUGGUCUAGUAGACACUGUUAAUCCAGUGGGCACUGGUCCAGUAAGCACAGUUGGAAGGUAG